CAUUUCUCAGAAGUUCGUACACGUACUAGAUCGGCAGCCGCCAGUGGUUAAGGAGUAGACAGAAGGGAUCAGUCCGUGUGAGUGAAGGAACAGUAUUAAAGUGUCUCACAGGUACUGAGAUCCUACGACACUACGGUGAACUCUGAGGAACUACUGUAUGUAGUGCCAGCAAGGGAGCGUUCUCUUGUUUCCUGGACCGGUGUAUGACGUGUUUGCAGGUCACAGGAGACGAGUUCAACAUCUGAGAAAAACUGUAUGUUGAUCUUGGAUGUUUACUGACCUAGAAUGUUGGAUGUUGAUGGAUGCUGCUGUUAUGUAGACUUGGUUGAAGUUAGAUGAGACCAAAAACAGCUCUCAACAGCUUUCAACAGCCCCUGACAGCCACCACCAAGAUGGCCUUAUUGAAGAAGAUCAAGAAAUUCAAAAUCAACAAACAAAACAAAGAAGAUGCGGAAAUAUUCGAGGCCUUGUAUACCUAUGAGGCGGAUAGGGACGGUGACCUGACCUUCUCUGAGGGGGACGUGCUGGAGAUCGUGGGUCAGAAGGAUGCCAAUGGGUGGUGGGAGGCUGUGAACAUAAGGACAAGCCAGAAGGGUUACAUACCUUCCAACUUCAUCAAGAAACUCGAAGUCAUUCAAUACAAUAGCAUUGAGAAUGGAAACCAGGAAGCUAAUGGCCUGCCACCACCACCACCACCCAGUAUAAACUCAACUACCACCAACACUACCACCACUACCAUCACCACUACUACCAACAACGCCAACAAGUACAUCGCGCUCUACGACUACAACACGACAGAGAACGAUCACGUCGCCUUCAGGAAAAACGAGAUGUUUGAGGUUGUGUUCCAUCCCGACGACAACUGGUCCUGGGUCAGGCUAAAGAGAGGCGCCUCCGUCCUUGAGGGUUACGUCCCUACUAAGUACAUAGCCAAAAUCGGAGACCUCUAUGAUCAACCGUGGUACUUCGGUGGCCUGACGCGGCAGGAGGCACAGGUCCUCCUGUUGAAAAUUUACAACGCCAACGGCUCUUUCCUUGUCCGCAACGCAGAGAGCUCCACCGGCUACUCCCUCUCAGUGUUAUAUUUGGCCGCGGUGAAGCACUACAGGGUGAGGCAACAGGAUGGCCCCCCGGAGACGUACUUCAUAUCUGGUGAAAAGCGCUUCCCUUCCAUCACACAGUUGAUUGAGCAUUACCGGACCAAUGACGGACUCUGUAUACACCUCGGCCAACCCUGCAAGCGGGACAGUAAUGAAGCGCCCCAGACGCAGGCAGUGAUGGGGACGCAGGCAGUGAUGGGGACGCAGGCAGUGACGGGGACGCAGGCAGUGAUGGGGACGCAGGCAGUGAUGGGGACGCAGGCAGUGGCGGAGACGGUGACGGAGGCAAGUUCUUCUCACCAGCAGUGGGAGAUCGACCGCUCGACCAUCCAGCUGGGAGGAAAAAUAGGCAGUGGUCAGUUUGGUGACGUCUGGCAGGCCCGCUGGAACAAACAGCUGGAUGUUGCUGUGAAAUCUAUGAAGCCAGACUGCAUGGAGGUAAACGAGUUCCUCAGAGAAGCAGAGAUCAUGCAGAAGCUCCGCCAUCCGCGUCUUGUUAAGCUAUACGGCAUUUGUACUCAUCCGAAGGAGCAGCCCCUUCUUAUUGUGGCCGAACUGGUGAAGAAUGGCGCCCUGUUGCAGCACCUCAGGAACCGGAAGAAGGAGCGACUACUGCACCCCAGCCGAGACUUGAUUAAUAUGGGUAUUCAGGUAGCCUCGGGGAUGCAGUACCUAGAGAAUCAAAAGUUCGUCCACCGAGACCUGGCAGCGAGGAACGUGCUUAUCGGGGAGGGUAUAAACGUGAAGAUUGCCGACUUUGGGCUGGCUAGGGUCAUCAAGGAGGACAUCUACCAACAGAGCACCAGAAACAAGGUCCCCUUUAAGUGGACGGCUCCGGAGGCCAUCGAUUACGGUCACUUCACCAACAAGUCCGACGUCUGGUCUUUUGGUAUACUCCUAUUCGAAAUAGUCACUCAUGGCCAAAUGCCUUACGCAGAUAUGAACAACCAAACGAUGCUAAUGAUGGUGCGACAAGGUUACCGACUCCCUGAACCUGAAGGGUGUCCCCAAGGAGUCUACAGCCUCAUGUUCAGGUGCUGGAUGGAGAACCCCGAAGCCCGCCCGAGGUUCGUCGACCUGAAGGAGGAGAUGACUGAACUGAUGGCCAACUACUGAGAUCCUCUCGGGGUUCAGUGACUUACAGAAGACGAUAAACCAAAUGGCGAUGGAUCUCGUAUAGGAAGUCUUCCAGGGUUCAAGGACCAAUAGAAAUAAACGAACCACACGUCAACGAACCUCUGGGACCCUUCUCUCGUCGUUCAUUGACCUCAGCGCAUUCGUCUACCCUACAAACAAAAUUGGAGGCACUUGUAGUUGAACCAGUUAAUAUCGACUCUUUAAAACUCCCGCCAUCCACUUGACGCAGAACACUUACACCACACAUUCAGAAUCCUUACAUAACCAUCACAUCUGACACCGUUUCUGAAUAAUGUUAAGAUUAUGAAGGUUGACGCUACUGAGAGAUGUCUAGUGACUCAAAGUGGUUUACAAUGGUCUGUAAGGAACGUGGUAGAGUAAAACUGUGGUAAUGAUGGGAAAAACAAUGAUGGGAAGAGAAGAGGAACUGAUAGUAAUGCAGUGUUAGUGACAGAGGGCGAGGGAACAGGAAUGAUGAGACACACGAGUUGUUUUGAUAUGGGAAUGAGGUAGAAAGAUAAAAUUAAUGUCUUCUUAUUAUUACCAAAUUUUAAAACUUUUGUAAAGGUUUAUUAGGAAGUGAUGUUAUGAUGUGUUUUUCUAUUCUACUUUAUUUCACCCCUUAUUUUCUAAUUACUACUACAAUUACUACUAGAACUAUUACUACGACUAUUACGACUACUUUUUUAUUAUGGCCUUCAACCUCCUCUCAGUCCAUACCUUCUCCACCAUAUUAAUCCAACCAUGGGAUUGAAUAUUCUGAUGUCAACAAAGGCCCGCUGCUCCAUCGUCCAGAAUCCUCGAGCGUUGACGUCCACAGAGCUUCGUUGGUUGUGUUGCCAGGGAGGAAGGUCGGUUCCACAGUGACGUCUCGGCAUAUCUCCUUCAGCAUACUCACUGUGAGGUCCUUUACAUCAUCGUGGUUGGUGUUGUAUGACGUUCAGCACACAUGGGUGGUUAUGCUUUCCUCUGGCUAACCAUACCGUCGAGCAAUGGCGUCUGUGAAGUCUUGUUUGUUAAGGCUGAAGUCAUUUACUGUUCUGGGUGACACUAUUAGCCAGCCAUUAUUAUUAUCUUUACUACAAUUACUAUUACUAGUUCUACUACUAUUAUUACUGCUGAUAAUAAUAAUAACAAUGACAGUGAUAUAUAAUAAUAAUGUUAAUAAAAUAU